UUGAGGUUCCUAUAUACCGCUUUAUCCAACCGAGGUCGUCUCAAAGCGGUUUACACUAUAUUAUCCCUGGCUAUUUAGCCGUUGCUACAAGCCAAUGUCUUUCGCAUCUCCGUAGGGAGCAAACAGUCGGUACUGCCAUUUAGGCAGCACAGCUAACAUUAUAAAGUUCCAGCACUGCCCAACCACAUACUCAUUUACCGCUGAGUAGACUGGAACAAGCGGAGUAAAGUAUAUAGUUAUAAGAUCCAACACAGUGCCAUAACGAGAUUCGAGCCCGCAACCCUUGCGUCCUACCACUAGACUACCGUGCCGCUAUACGACUAAAUGAAAGUUAACAUUUCGUCUGGUGAAUAUAUAUUGUAGUUUGUUAUGUUCCCUAUUGUUAACAGAUGUAUAUGUAUUUACAUACAUGAAAAGUUAAAAUUAGGGCGACAUAUAGGUCUGUAAAGCAUUAAUACUUGUAUAAUCAAUCUGCAGACGUGUACACUUAGCUACACAUAUGGAUACAAGUUAUGAUGUCAUUUAUCAAAUGUAUAAUCAUAUUGUGACGUAUACCUGUACGUUUCCAGUCAACAGUUCCUUUUUACUUCCUCGUGCUACUAUUCCUCGUCUAUCAAGGAAGUGUUCUGAUUCAUAUCGGAUCCUACUUCGGUGGCACCGUAUCUUGGAUCUACAUCAAUCGAUAAAAAUAUUCAUUAACAUGGAUUUAGUCCACAUUGCUGAUCUUCUUCUGCGUUUGAAGGAAAUUGGCGAUAAUCUUCUGCCACACGAUAUGGAAAAGCUUCAUUUCAUUUGUGUUGGACUCAUACCAUACUCAUAUGAAUUACGCAAAUUGGAUGCGUUUUCUCUGCUUUCGGAAAUUGCUACAAAACAUACAAUCGAAGGUGUCGUUGAAGCUUUGAUAAGGAUCCAUAGGAUAGACUUGCUUAAUAUGCUUGUACAAGACCAGGAUCAACAGGACUUGGCCAGAAGAAUGUAUUCUGUUUUGAACACCACACACUUUGAUAGACUAAGGGUAGCGCUGCUUAAUAUAGCAGAUAACAUGACAGACGAUGAAGAUCUAAAAAUACUCAAGAAAGUCGUAGAAACAAAAAUAGUUAAGAGCAGUCUUCAUAAAGUUCAAACUGUGCUAAAAUUGUUUGAUCUGCUCAUGCAAAAUAUCAUCCUUGAUCCCAAUCAACCUGAGACUGUGCAAGCAGUGUUCCACAUUUUCGCAGAGAAAUCCUGGUUCACCAAAGUUCAAUCUGAAUACGUUGCUCCUGCUGCAGUAGAAGAGAUGAGAGAACGUACACAACAAGUUGCUGCUGACGUGACAGAAGUGAUGAGAAGACGUACACAACUAGUUGCUGCUAACAUGAUAGAAGAGAUGAGCAGCCGUACACUCCAUGGUGCUGCUGAUGAGAUAGAAGAGACAUUAAGAAGUACACAACAAGGUGCUGCUGAUGAGAUAGAAGAGACAUUAAGAAGUACACAACAAGAAGCUGCUGCUGCGAUAGAGGAUAAGCCACGAUCUAUACGACAAGUGAUUGCCGUUGCAACAAGAGAGACGAAACGUUGUACACAAGAAGGUAAGGAAUCUAUAUGCAUACAUUGUAUUGAUAAGACUUGAAUGUGAUGCUAUCAUAUCCAAGUAAGGUCGUUUUAAAAUAGUUUUCGAUAGAGCCGGUGAUGCGUGAUUUCCAUUUUAUCUUUCAAGUCUGGUCGAGUUUGAUUUCGAAGAACGGUUUUGUUAAAAAUUGAUAUUUUUUCAAAUCAUGUGUUAAGCCCCAGUCACACCGAGCUUGCGACCAGGAUACACCAAGCGGCUAAUGAGAAAUGUUUGAAUUGCGGGUAAAUCGUAGAAAGAUCGUGCGACUAGUCGCAGAGGUCGUGGGUGUUCACACGUUCAAUAUCAGUCGCAGCAAGGUCGACGGUCAUAAUCAAACCGUCUUACUUGCUAUUCUAAAUCGUAAGCGUUCGCAGACAGGUCUAACAUGUUCGCGCCACCUGUCAUACGAUCCCACGAUCGGUGGUGCGACCAGUCCCGACUUGUUGCACAACCUUACGAUUGGUGGUACCACCAGUCUUUAGCUACCGGACGAGUAUGUUUGGAGUGAUUUCUGGGGUUCAAGUCACUCUCCACUACAACACCGAAAGAGAGCUUUGCCGAUAAUUCAAUUUGUGUCGGUGUCCUAUAAAAUAUUCCUCCCCAUAAGAUACAUAUCCGGAUGAGUAUUUUAUGCAUACAGUACUCAUCAAGGUGAAUGUUGUAUGAAUAAAAAACUCACCCCCCCCAUAAAAUAUUCAUCCCCCCUAAAUCUUAUCAAACCUUUUUACUUUGAUACACAUUUUAUAGCAUUACUACAUCAUGUUACCUGUAGUACAUGAUUCGUUUAUGUCUGUCCAGGUAAUACACACUAGGGUGUCACCUUUGUGGGGACUGGGGCCCUGGGGGCUAAUCAAUACAGGUGAGACCUAUAGGUGACAGGUGAGCAGCACACAGGUGUGGCCUUUACCCAGAAAAAAAUGCAUUAUUAUUGAUGUCAUAUGUGGGAUGAAUAAAACAAUUACAUACUUUAACUGUACUGGAGUUUAAAAAAAAAAUGUGAGAAUAAUGCAAUUGACAUUGGUACUUCUAUACUGUAUUCUGAAAACUAAAGUUUUUUCUUCUUGAUAUUAGAGUUCACUUCAAUUUCUUACUGUAUAAAUAAUGACUCCUUCCCCCAAAAAACAAAAAAGAUAAUCAAAAAAAUCUUUAUUACAGUUCAAAUGAAGUGUAAAAGUGAGAAUAUAAACUUGGCUUAUUUAGAUACUUGUAUACUGUAUUUAAAAUGUAUUUAGAAAGAAAGAACUAGUUGUAUAUUUUUUGAUAUUGUAGUAAAGUUGAUUUCUUACAUUUGUCCUAUAGUAUAUGACUAUAGGAUAAGGUAGAUGGUUAUUUUAUGGGGGUGGAUAGGUAUUUUAUGACUAAAGAAGAGGGUAGAUGGUUAUAUCAUGGGGAGGAUAGGUAUUUUAUGGCUAUAGUAGAGGGUACAGGGUUAUUUUAUGGGGGUGGAAAGGUAUUUAAUGGCUAUUGUAUAGGGUAGAUGGCUAUUUUAUUGGGAUGGAUAGGUAUUUUAUGGCUAUAGUAAAGGGUACAGGGUUAUUUUAUGGGGGUGGAUAGGUAUUUUAUGACUAAAGUAUACGGUACAGGGUUAUUUUAUGGGAUAUGAUAGGUAUUUUAUGGCUUUGAUAUAGGGUAGAUGGUUAUUUCAUGGGGAUGGGUAGGUAUUUCAUGGCUAUUGUAUAGGGUAGAUGGCUAUUUUAUUGGGGUGGAUAGGUAUUUUAUGGCUAUAGUAAAGGGUACAGGGUUAUUUUAUGGGGGUGGAUAGGUAUUUUAUGACUAUUGUAUAGGGGGUUGAUGGUUAUUUUAUAGGGGCGAUAGGUAUUUUAUAAUUAUAGUAUAGGGUAGAUGGUUAUUCUAUGGGGUUGGAUAGGUAUUUAAUGGCUAUGGUAUAUGGUAGAUGGUUAUAUAUGAAGGUGGAUAGGUAUAUAUAAUGGCUAUAAUUUAGAGAAGAUGGUUAAUUUAUCGGUGUGGAAACGUAUUUAAUGGCUAUAGUAUAGGGUGGAUGGUUAUUUAUGGGGGUGGAUAGGUAUAAAAAAUGGCUAUAAUUUAGAGAAGAUGGUUAUUUUAUCGGUGUGGAAAGGUAUUUAAUGGCUAGAGUAUAGGGUAGAUGGUUAUUUAUGGGGGUGGAUAGGUAUUUAAUGGCUAUAGUAUAGGGUACAGGGUUAUUUUAUGGGGAUUGACUGAAUUGACUGAAAUUUCAAAAUCUUCCUCUCAAGACCCAGAUAUGGUAGAACCAAAAUUUCUUCA